AAGAAGAUGAAACUCUUUGUUGGUGUUGCCAUAUUACUAGUCGCAAUAGCAGGACAAUCAGCUGAAGGUGUGGAUUGCUCCAUUAAUAAUGGUGGCUGUGAGCAUUAUUGUUAUGACACUGCCGGUGACUCUUACUGUGAAUGUGCUUCUGGUUACACUAUACAAGAUGAUCAAAAGAACUGCAGUUUGACACCACCGUGCUCAGUCAAUAAUGGGGGUUGUGAGCAAUUAUGUGCUUCAUUGAUUGAUUCUGUUAAUUGUUCAUGUGUCACAGGAUACACAAUCAACAACACAUCACAUUGCGUUGACAUUGAUGAAUGUGCUAUAAAUAAUGGUGGUUGUUCUCAAGUUUGUCAAAACAGUAUAGGAAGUUAUACUUGUUCUUGUUAUAAUGGAUAUAUCUUUAAUGCAACCCUUCAGGAUUGUGUUGAUAUUAAUGAAUGCUUGAAUAACAAUGGAAAUUGUCAUCAAAGCUGUAACAACACAAAUGGAAGCUAUGCUUGUGACUGCAUGACAGGUUAUUUACUGGACACAAGUGAUGAUCAGUGUAAAGACCUCAAUGAAUGUUGUUCAGGUGAUGAUAAUUGCGGUCAAAGGUGUCAUAACAAUGACGGUUCUUAUUCUUGCUCUUGUUACUCUGGGUAUUAUAUGUCUGAUAAUGGAUAUGAUUGUAUAGACAUUGAUGAAUGCAGUUCAAACAAUGGUGGUUGUGAGCAACAUUGUAAUAAUAGACCAGGAUGGUAUUACUGCAGUUGUGACUCUGGAUAUAAACUAGAUGGAAAUAGACGGAAUUGUUCAGGUAUCUUGUAUGUUCCGCCAAAUCCAUGUGAUAAAUUUAAUGGUGGAUGUGAGCAUAUUUGCGUUAAAGAUGGAUCUUCAAAUACAUGUUUAUGUAAAACUGGUUAUCUGCUAUAUAACAGAAACUUUUGUGACGAUAUUAACGAAUGUGCUGAAGGAACAUCUGGAUGCUCUCAGCUUUGUACAAACUCUCAAGGUAGCUAUAACUGCAUCUGUCAGACUGGUUACCAAUUGGAUUAUGAUAAUCACACUUGUGUUGAUAUUGAUGAAUGCACUAUUGAUAAUGGAGGAUGUGAACAAAACUGUCUCAAUACUAAUGGUAGCUAUUAUUGCUCUUGUGACCUGGGUUACCUUUUAGAGCCUGACAGGAAAUCUUGCACUGAUAUUGAUGAGUGCCAAGAUGAUGUGUGUGAACAAAUAUGUGAGAAUCAAGUUCCUUUUUUCAAUUGUUCUUGUAAAAGUGGCUUUCGAUUAGAAAAUUCAAAAUUCUGUUCAGAUAUUGAUGAGUGUGAGGAAGGGACUGCUUUGUGUAGUCAGCAAUGCUCCAAUGCAGAAGGUAGCUACAACUGUAACUGUGAAAGAGGGUACAUAAUAGACACUGAUGGUUACACUUGCAUUGAUAUUGAUGAAUGUGCUGUUAACAAUGGAGGGUGUGAACAACUUUGUGAAAACACUAAUGGUACUUAUUUCUGUUCGUGUCAUUAUGGAUAUGAACUAAGCAACACUAAUCGCUCUCAAUGUGUUUUAAGGGAUAUAAAUGAAUGUCUUGAAGAAACUGAUGGUUGUACCCAGUUAUGUGAAGACACAUUUGGUGGUUAUGCUUGUAGCUGUCAUUUAGGAUAUAAACUGGAGAGUGACAAUCAAACAUGCAUUGAUAUUGAUGAGUGUGCUGUUAACAAUGGACAAUGUGAACAAAAUUGUAAUAACACUAAUGGCAGUUAUGCUUGCUUUUGUGAUGAGGGAUAUUCACUCAGCAACAUUCAUUACUGUGAAGGUAACUUUGCUUAA